UGUCUGUCUUUCCCUUGUCUUAAUCCCUUAGGAAGGACACGCCGGGCGGACAGACCUUUCCUGGAGGGGCAAUGCUGCCGAGCCCUGCCCCGGGCAGGAGGAAGCCUUUGCCGUCGGACCCCCCCGGCCCCGGGGAUGCGCGGCCCGGGGCGGGCUGCGGGAGAGCGUGAGGAGCUGCCCCCGCCUGCGCCUUGCUGAGACCUAAAAAGCAUGAUAAAAACCGGACCCGAUCCCUGGAGCACAGCCCCGCGGAGCAGGAGAUGGGAUUAUUCCGGGACAGUUGUGGAGAGCUAUAACCGGGCAGUGGAGUGUUAAAGCGACUUGUCCCCCCCUCGAAGACGAGCCCUCAGCCCGCGCCGUGGCAGAGGAGAGGUGACUCGAGUCCUCUCGCUCUUCCUUCUCCUUCCACUGAACGACAGAGGAAAGAACUGGUACUCGGCUCAGGCCAGCGUUCGGAAUACCGUGCCUUUUGCCUGGAAUGAUUUGCCCCGACGUGCCACUUCGACGGGAUGUACAAAGUGCGACUGGGACUGAUCCGGACAAAAAGUUUGCAGAGUGAUGGGCAGGGGCUGAGGGGUGGAGGCGGCUGGGCACACGCCGGUGGGGUCCGUCACGCAUGGUGCAGCAACACAGACCUGCUGCUCUCCUGAAAACUAACUCCUCAUGGUCCAGCUCCGCUGGCUCCUGAUUUUACUUCUAUCCUGUCAAAUUGCACUUUCAGGGACCCCCCCCUCCCCACAUGCACCUGAUGCAAUGCAGUGCUACUGUGUUGGUUUUGUAUAUAAGAUUUGCUAUGCAAUUCCAAAACUAAAAGAGGAGGAGAGAUGGCCCUGCACCCCAGAGCAAACAGAGAAUCAGAGGUGAAAGGUAGGAGCCAGCAUUUCUCAUUUAAAUAAAACUAAACAACCUGAGCUACUGCUUACUGAAAACCUUUAAAACACACCUCCUGUUUAUUUAUUUUCUUUGCCUCGGAAGUGUAAAACAGUUUGAAACAAAGUGAAGAUUCGCUUUCUGACCUGCCCAGAAACAGGGAACUGAUGCAUUUUGUUACAGGAGUGUACCAGGAGGAAGGAUGGAGUGUUUCAUCAGUGAGACAUUUAGGAAACUAGAGAAAAAGCAGCUCAUAUAAUACGCUUCAGUAAGUAUGAAGGGCUAGUGCAGUGGACACUGGAAACACUCGAUCAAUAGCCUAUUUUCGUGGGAAUAUAUGCAAGCAUGGAAAAGUGAUUGCUUUCCUCUGUGUGUGGUGUAUUUGCAGAGGACAGCAGCAGAACAUUUGCAGGUGAGCUGUCUGAAGUAGGCUGCUUCAUGCUGGGGUGGUGCAGUGUGUUUCUGAAGGGAUUGCUUAAAAAAACCUGUCUGUAAGGUGGACUGUAUUUGUGCAUUUUGAAUUCCUGCUCAUAGAGAUUUCAGUGUUGUUCAGGGUGACUCACAGGGGGUGCAGUCCAUCUGUGGGCGAAGGGACAGUAAAAAAGGACCUUUGGUCUGUUUGUUGAUGAGUAGUUAAUGGACGUCUGAUAUCUCUGAUCUCUGCAAGGAAAGGAGCUGAUGUCGUCGUGAAAAUCAUGGUAUAAUUUUCCCUCAGGAGAAACUAUGACUUGGAACAACACCACUAUGGACGGGGAAGGGUUGCUGGUGGAAAGGGACUCUUCCUUUCGGAUCCUCACGGGCUGCUUCCUCUCACUACUGAUCCUCUCCACAUUGCUGGGAAACACACUGGUGUGUGCAGCUGUCAUUAGGUUUCGCCACCUCAGGUCCAAGGUGACCAACUUCUUUGUCAUCUCCUUGGCCGUGUCAGAUCUCUUAGUGGCAGUUUUGGUCAUGCCUUGGAAAGCUGUGGCUGAGAUUGCCGGUUUCUGGCCUUUUGGUUCAUUUUGCAACAUCUGGGUGGCCUUUGAUAUUAUGUGCUCAACAGCCUCCAUCUUAAAUCUCUGCGUCAUUAGUGUGGACAGAUAUUGGGCCAUCUCCAGCCCAUUUAGGUACGAGAGGAAAAUGACCCCCAAGGCAGCCUUCAUCCUGAUCAGCGUGGCGUGGACUUUGUCCGUGUUGAUUUCCUUCAUCCCCGUGCAGCUGAACUGGCACAAGGCUACAACCACAAGUGUAUUGGACCUAAAUUCCAGCUUAGAAGAUGUAGGCAUGGACAACUGUGAUUCUAGCCUAAACAGGAUGUAUGCCAUCUCCUCUUCUCUAAUUAGCUUCUAUAUACCUGUGGCCAUCAUGAUAGUAACUUACACGAGGAUAUACCGGAUUGCUCAGAAGCAAAUACGGCGCAUCUCAGCUUUGGAGAGAGCAGCAGUGCAUGCCAAGAACUGCCAUACCACGAGUGGCAACAGAAGCAGUAUGGACUGCCAUCAACCAGAGAGCAACUUCAAAAUGUCCUUCAAGAGGGAAACGAAGGUUUUAAAGACUUUGUCAGUGAUCAUGGGGGUGUUUGUGUGCUGCUGGUUGCCGUUUUUUGUAUUGAACUGCAUGAUUCCCUUCUGUGAGCCUACCGAACCAUCCAAGGGAGCAGAAGCCUUCUGCAUUAAUUCCACCACCUUUGAUGUUUUCAUUUGGUUUGGAUGGGCUAAUUCUUCCCUCAACCCCAUCAUUUAUGCCUUCAAUGCUGAUUUCCGCAAGGCAUUUUCGACCCUGCUGGGAUGCUACAGGCUCUGCCCUCUGUCCGGCAAUGCUAUAGAGACUGUUAGUAUUAACAAUAAUGGAGCAGUUGUUUUUUCGAGCCAACAUGAGCCCAAAGGGUCCAGCCCCAAAGAGUCUAAUCUGGUUUAUCUGAUUCCACAUGCAAUUAUUUGUCCGGAAGAAGAACCUCUCAAAAAGGAAGAAGAGGGUGAACUACCUAAGACCUUGGAGAAAAUGUCUCCAGCACUGUCGGGUAUCUUGGAUUACGAAGCUGAUGUUUCUUUGGAAAAGAUCAAUCCCAUUACACAAAAUGGGCAGCAUAAAACCUGAAUAGUAAGGUUUACUCAGCAAGACCCAAUAGUGUAUAUUGUAAUAAUCUUGAAAAAUCCCCCCAAAACCCCAAGAUUUUUUGGUAAGAAACUAAGCUCUGGGGAGAAAUACACAUUUACACAAAGCCCAGAAUUAAUUUUCCUGGCAUUCAAAGCAAAUUUAACAUUUUAAACAACAAACAGGAAAAAAUACCGAAAAUUGGUAGAGAAAGUAUUAAACUGAACUGUUUGCACUAAGGAAAAUAUGCAAAUUUAGAUAUAGUGCAGUGACAAAAUAUUUCUUCUCUACUCUGAGAAACCAAUUUUUAGCUUAAAACGAGGCAAAAGAUAAAUGUUAAGUAUUUAAAGAUUAAUGUUUACUAGAAGUUAAAAGAUUGCUGUGUCUUGUGAUAGUGGGUGUUAACAGGUCAUAAUUAAAGACUGAGGGAUUGUAAAAGUAGGUAGAUGCCUUCUUAAAAUUAUUUCUGAAAUAUAAUUGAGCCUUAUAAUGAGAAUGGUUAUUUUUAAAGCUUUGGGAGGUAAUAUGUUGAUACUGGUUUUAUUUAUUUAUUGUUUUAAAUUGAUAUUUUUCAUAUGUUAUAACAGAUCUAGCUUUAUUUAUGUUAUUUAAGAUGUCUAAAUAAUGGGAUAUUUUUGGAGUGUCAUAACUGCAUUUUGACCAGUCAACCAGUCAGCACUUUAUUACAAGCUUUGAUAGUCUGGAGGGCUGAUGAGGGUUAAUGAAGGAAUGUUAAGAAGCUCAGCAAGAAAUGAAGGAAUCAACAAAACUGAGGCUGUGUUGGGUUCAUUUGCUUGUGGGCUUUUUUUUUUUAAGUGGGAUUUCUUUCAAGAGAUAGGACCAGCGUUGACUGAAUUGUGAAUUCUUUUCCCUUAUAGAAAUAAAAAAAAAAAUUGCUGCUAUUUAUUUUUUAAAAGUUUCAGUUACAAAGACUUUGCUAGAAUGUCAAGUUUGUGGAUCUGUAAAUACCUUAAAUAUGACUACAACCUUAAGAAGAAUUCAAUUUGAGAAGAAAAGCUUCUUAGAUAACAAUUCUUAGUAUAUAAUGUUUUGUAUUUAUGUAAGAUAAACAGCUUUCUCAGACUUUUCUUAUUUCAAGUCUUGGAUAUCUUUUCUGAACAAACACAAUUGGUUAUAAUGGUAGUAAACAUGCCCAAACCUCAUUAUCAUCUGUAUUUCUGCAGUACCACCGGAAUCAUGCUGUCUGUCUGCUACUGUAUCAGAAUUAAAAAGUGAGGUACCUAGUGCUUUACUUUGGAUACUAGGAGGACAUUACAUUUUAGUAAUUGCCAUGUCAAUAGUCCAUUCAAUAAGGAUUAGUGCCUCAUUACCAUUUUGGAUUAAGACAUUUCUAAAUACGGAUGGAACUGCAGCCCCCACCUCAAACACGUCCUGUGAGCUCCAAAAAAGUUGCCAAUGUUUAAUUCAGAAAACCAGCUACUUUUCCAUUGUCCUUCCUUGCUGCUUUCCCUUUGCAACGCCAAAAGCAGUCAGUGAACAUUAGCAACAGGAACAUUGAGUGUUAAUAUUCAGCAGCAUUCAAAGAAAGCUAUUUGUUUUCUGAAUGGGAGAAAAUACCCUUUGGAGCAACUUUUUCAUAACAUAUAUCAAAAAAAUGUGUUGUCAGGAAAAGAGAACUGAGAGUAAAAAAAAAUUAAACUCUAAUGAACUAUAUACAUCCUGCAUCAGGUCUGUGUAUUUAUGUAUUGUGAAUGUUUUCAUAAUUUUAUUGCCUGUAUGCUGCUUUCAUACAUAUAAUAAAAUUAUUUUGUGAACAGA